AUGAGAACGGUACCAACAGUAUCUGAGCUAGUUAUAUCUAAACUUAAGGAACCUGACCCAACAAAAAGGCUUGGUAUUGAAUGUAAUAUCAAUGAAGAAGAUUUAAGGAAAAAGAGAUAUUCUUCUACUUAUGUUCAAUCAUUAGAGGUACAUAUAGCAUCCUUAGAGACUACUUUGAAAAAUCUAAUAGAAACAUUUUAUCCUAAUAAUCAACAAAUAUUGGAUAAGAUGAUGAUAGGUGACAUAUUACCUGACACUAUAAAUGAAAAUAAUAAUGGGGAUUCCAGUUUAAUUUAUAACCAAAAUAUUGAAAACAGAUUGAGACAUGAGCAAAAUAUUAAAUCCAAAAAGGAUAAAUUUACAAUGUUACCUAAUGCAAUAUUUAACAAUGGCAACAAUCCCGACCACAACAGCACCACUACCACCACAAACAACAACAAUAAUAAUAGCAGUAUUCGUAAUUGUACUAAUGAUGAUAAUCAAGCCAACAAUAAUAGUAGGAAUGGCAAACACAACUCUACAGUAACGAUUCCAACCAAAAAAAAAGUUUAUCCAGAAUGGAAGAAAAAAUCAUUUGUAAAAGGUAGUCUAUAUCCUGAAGGUCCUGUUCCAUAUAAACCAAGACCAAAACCACACUCGAAAACUUCAACAGGAUCAGUGAAUUCAAUUGGUUCGAAUUCUUCAUCAGCAGUUUCUUUAAUAGGAAGUGAUUCCAGUAUUGAUAAUCGUCACUCCAAAGAUAGCAUUUCACAAGGUAUAAAUGACAUUGAUAAUCAACUUAAUCAGGAAAACUUAAAUUCAUCUAAUGCAAUUCUAAAUAAAGAUAAUAGUACCGCCUCUAAUAAUAAUAAUAAUAAUAAUAAUAGUAAGAAUGAUAGUAAUAGUAUUGAUGCAGUUGAUGAUAGAAUAGGAGAGAAAAGAAUAUCUGAUUUGAAAACAACCGUUAUUAAAAGACCAGUAAGCAAUUACAGUAACGAGUAUUGUAUUAAUACAGAUCCAUUAAUUUUACAAUCAUUAUCUAAUUUUUACAGGUGGUUAUACCCGGGUCAUUUUAUCUUUGUUCACAGAGAAAGUUUUUUGUAUGGGUUCUUCAAUCAUGCAAAGAAUAAUUAUGCAGAUUCUCAUUAUUGUUCAACCGAAUUAAUUUAUGCUAUGUGUGCCAUUGGAUCAAGGUUAUCACCUGAGUUACAGAAUAUGUCUGAAUGGUAUUACGAACAAAGUAAAAAAACUUUGUUAAAAUUAGUGUUCGAUGAACAAAAUACAGCAUCAAUUACUACUGUACAAGCAUUGUUCUGCCUUGCAUUUUACGAAUUAGGCAAAGGCUGCAAUCAGUUGGCAUGGUAUUUCUCCGGCCUGGCGAUUAGAGUGGGUUAUGAUAUGGGAUUCCAAUUAGAUCCAAAGGUUUGGUACACAGAAGAUUCAAAGAGUCAGUUAACAGACAGUGAAUUAGAGAUUAGGUCAAGAAUAUAUUGGGGAUGUUACAUUGCAGAUCACUUUAUUUGUUUAAUGUUGGGCCGAACGUCCACUUUAAGUGUAAGUAAUUCUACUAUCCCAGAAUCUGACGAACUACCGGAAGUGGAAGGCACAGAAGAAUUCAGGUUUAUCGGUAAACAUGUUUUACAAAUUUCGUUGCCAUUAAAAAAUUUGAUUAUCCUUUCUAGAAUAGUGCAAGUGUUCACUUCUAAGAUAUUUAUCGAAUCUGAUGACACUAGUGUAAGAGUGCAAUUAUUGAUUGUGUUUAAUUCACAAGUGUUUCAAUGGCGACAAUCCUUACCUGGGUUUUUACAAUGGAGUAAGAAAUUGUUACAAGAUGAAGAGGUAUCAACGGACCCGACAGUGUCCUAUUUCUGGUAUUAUUAUUAUGUUGUGUUAUUAACGUUCAAUAAGCCCUUUUUAGAAGAAAGCGAAGAGUCUCGUGGCGUUGUUAUUGAAAUUCUGGAAGAUUUAAUUACAUUAUUUAAUAAUUUCGAGAAGAAAUUAGGCAAUUACAAUUAUGCAACGUUAUAUCAAUUAUUUGCAUGUCUACUAGCAAUUACCUGUUUAAAAAAAUUACUGAUUAUAAAUGAAAGCAAUCGGGAUUGGGAGAAACAAUUACGAUUUUUCCAUUCAAUAUUUUACGAAAAAUUAUCACCAGCAUAUAAAUUACCAAAUAAAUUACAAGAGGAUGAUAAUUUAGAGGAUGAACAAGAAAAGCAAACUGCUUUAAAUCAAGUCAAUAAUAUCAAUUACACUCAUGAUUUUUCGCUGAGUAAUGAGAUUGAUGAUAUGAUUAAAGAACUAUUUGGUAUUGCAUAUAACCCAGCACAACCAUUGUAA